AUGUACAUAACCUUUCAUAAUCUAGAGGCAUACUUCGCGGUAAUUUAUGUGAAUUAUUUCGUGCCAGGAAGUUUGAAAAUACAAACAAACGUUUACGAAGUAGGAUUAAAAGAGCUCUGGGAUGCAAUCGAUGUAGCUGCAUUUAGUCGUCAGCUGUUUGAAUCACGAAGAUGGCUGCCAAAGGGCGAAGCGCCUUUCCCUGGAUAUUGUAGGGCUCCAGGGAGCGGCGUUUGCCUACCAAUGCUUUGUAAUUGCCAGAAACUAUUGGAAAUUUGGAACAAAAUUAACAACACUCAAAUAAAACUAAAAGGUAAAAUUCAU